UGGCAUUUCGGUCGUUUUCUCUGGUGACAGUAUACUACGGUCUACUUUUCUAUACUACUUUAUCUACGUUUUCUGAAAGGGAAUGUUCCCCCUUGAUGCUUUCCAUAAUGGCACGAACGUCCUCCUCCAGGCGGUGACCAACGUACUCGCCGGCGCCGGGAUCAGGUCAGUGAGCGUGGUCCACACGGCGGACGCCGAGGGCGAGGCCCUCAUGCAGCACUUCGUCACAGCCGCUGAGGAGGGCUACCGCUGCCUGGAGCAGGUGCUGAAGGCGGGGGACCCCGCCGACCUGGUCAAGCCCUUGCGCCAGGGCCCGGGCACGGUGGUCCUGCUGGGCACGAGGCACAAAGUGCAGGAGCUCGCGCGUUUCCUGGGCGCGGAGGGCGGGCCGACCGACCUCCUGGUGCUGCAGGACACGGGCGGGCCGGUGCCGGCGGCCGAGCUGGAGGGCGUGGCCAAACCCACCCUCAUCCUGCAGCGCGUGGCCGAGGCGCUCCCCGACUUCUCCGAGCACCUGCAGCGGGACCUGUCCUCGGGGGACGGGCCGCGGCGCCAGUACGUGGCCGCCCUGUCAGAGUGCUCCUCGUGCGACGCCCUGGACUUCGCCUACGACGCAGCCGCGCCCGCCGCCGUCACCGCCGUCCUCACCUACGCCCAAGCGCUGCGGGAAGCUCAGGCCGCGCACUGUGGAGCCGAGGGAGGGCUGUGCGAGGGCGUGCGCCUCCUGGAGUAUGAGGAGUGGAAGGAGUUGCUGUCCCAGGCGUCGCCCUCAGACUUGGCCUCCAAGGCUUUCCCCGGGCUGGACACCGAAGGCCUGAGCCAGGGCGCCGAGGACUCCCCCAGAUACGCCGUGAAGCUCCUCUCGCCCGGCAACGCCACCAAUCUGACGCAGGUGGGCCACGCCGACGAGACCUCGGCCGUCCUGGGCCAGCUGAAGGUGAACGUCCCUCGGUGCGGGAAGAUGUGCCCUUGCGUCCGGCCGACGCAGCCGCCGUCCCGGUCCACGCCGAGGCCCCAUCCGCCGCCGGGGAAUCUGGAGAUCAGGCCCUCAUCGCCGUCGAGAGACGGCGGUGGCCUCGACAUCCUCGGUGGAGCGGGUUGGUGGAGUCACGUGUCAUGGUGGCCAGGUGAUAUGCCCGACCCCGCCCACCUGUCACAGUCUGAAGUCACUGCUUAUGUCACGGCUUUCUUCCUUCUCGUGGUCCUCUUUAUGAGCUCUACUUUGGCGUGUGUUUACAACCUCCAAAAAUCUCCGAGUAGAAAUUAAGUUAGGGAUACAUGCUUGUAUUUCGUGCGGGCGGAUUUAAGCUGUGUUGACUGCGAACGCUCCGUGUUGCUGUUUAAUCGUCUGUAACGUUGGGGAAAGAAGACAGACAGAAAAUAAGUAGAGAAAGGAGACGAAAAACAGGCAGAGACAAAAAAAGAAGAAAGGGAUAAUAAGUAGAUUUCUGUGAACUCUUCGGUAGUGGCAAACCGGAUUUUUUUUAUUUAUUUCAGAUAUCUAAUGUUUUUCAGACUCAUAGUUUCCUUCCGUCUGCAAGUGAGUGCAUCCGCGAACAGAUCACGUACUCUUGUCCAAAAAGAUAUUUAGCGCACGGAGGCCAAGUUUCAAAUACUUCAUUUUGUAUCCGAACAAGUUAUAGCUGCUCAAUGGCACUGGGAAACGUGAUGGAAAAAAUCCUGUCAAUAGUAUAUUUACGAUAUUUGUAAUUGUAGACAGUGAAGGUGACACCGCCUGUCUUUAAACUAAAGGUUGCCAUUAUGAUAACUGGUGAACGUUACAGUUUUGUGGUUAUUUACAUAACUUUAAAAACUCUGAUAUUAAAAUGUUGAGGAAUGUGAUACCUCUGUUCCAAAUUUUGUGUUUUAAUUGCUGCUGUGUACCUGUUUGUGUUUGGAAUGAACAUACUAAUUGUUAAAAUUAUUUUCCGUUGCCAGUAUGUUGAAGGAAUAUAUAAAUAGAGGAUAUAUACACAUGUCUAUGGCGAAAUAAAAUAAAAGCGAGUUUUCCAU